UUUUAUAAAAUAUUAUAACGUAAGUAGUAAAUUGUGUGAGGCGGUCGAAAUGGGUGGGUUGGGAGGUGUGGGCGCGGUGUUGGCGGCAGAGAUCUGCGCCCCAAUUCUACUUCUCUGUUGGCUUUGCUGCUGGCCUGAUGACGCCUCAGAUACAAGUUCUGGCAAAUACCCGGCGAGACCUGCCAUUACCAAUGGAUCAUCAGGCUCUCACCGCUUGAGCGAACUGUUUAAUCGGAGAUGCGGCAGCAGCGCGAUCUCUUUACAUUUACCUAGCACUUCCGGAACCACAAAGCAGUCGUUGUCAGCUCAUAGGAGUCACGAAGAAAUCCGUGGCCGUCACCGCUCGCAGGUAGAUGUAGGCGAAGAAGAUAGCCGCUACCACUCUGCUCCUAGCGUCAUUCACGAAGUAUUGCACCGUAGAGACUGGGAGCGCUCUACCAAGGAACUUUACAUUCCUCUAAAACCAGAGAAAGUGGCCUCAUCCCCCAGCUCUCCUACUCCUACUGGUUCAUACAUGUCUCUGGAUAGCAUUGAGCAAUGUGAAGUAACAGACCGACGAAUCUCAAAAACUUGCAAGAAACAUUUUACUAACAUUAAAUGCUCAAAAAAGAAAGAAACCGACGACGAUAUCAAGGAUGACGAUGCGACUGAGACAUCUUGCUUCUAUAUUGGCGACAAUAGUGCCGGGCCCAGUGUUUCAGAGAGGCCAGAAAGGAUUGAAAAAAAUAAUAUUAAAGAAGAUAAUAAUGAGGCAGUCGAGCGAGCGGGUAAUGAUGUUAAACUAUACAGGCAUAAAGAAACUAAGCAAUGUUUAAAUGAAUGCAUUAAAAGCAAGGAUAGAAUGAGAUUGGUGCCAGUCGAAGAGUUAAUCGUGUCUAGGUUUGGGGGCGAGAGUCCCGAUGGCGCGGCCCUGGAUAGAUCAGGGGCGCAGCACCACGGGGCUAAUUCGGGAGCUGAAAUUUGCAGUGCUCGUUUAAUGCCACCGCCAUCUGUCGAACCGUUAGGCUACGCAUCUGACACGUUAUACCUGGACGAAGAAGCGUGGGGUAACGCGCCGAGCACGGCAUUGGCUUGGUCACCUCCCGCUGAAGGCUUCCUGCGUGCCCGCCAUGCUAGUGCCGGUGAUGUGUUAGCACCCACACACCGCCCGCAAUCAGGAGCACUCUCCGAAAGUGAUAUAGACUUUGAGCUAGAGGCGUGUGACGAGUUGCCGCCUCCAUAUCACGAGGUGCAUCUGCUCAAACACAGAAAUGAAACCGCUAUAUAAUUUACACAGUAGCAAUCAAAUAAAGUUGACACGUUCAUUGUUCAUAAAUUUUUGGCUAAAUGUAAUUUAUUACCAAAGUUUUGUGUACCCUAAACAAAACUGACUAAAGAUGUUAAUAAAUUAAAUUAUUUUUAUAGUAUAGGGCUAUCUCUAUUUUGAAACUAAACGAGCAAUUAAUUAUAUUAGGUUUCAUUAGAAAGUGUGCAAUUAAUUAUCAUCUGUGAAUUAAGUAUUUUAAUGUAAUCUUGUUUGUCUAUUUUACGACGUAAUACCGUAGUUAACGAAACUAAUAUGUUAGGAGAUGUAUUGAAACUGGUGCGGUUUUAAUGAGUGUCAUCAAAUCAUAAAUCAUAGACUUAGGACGGCCUCGCUUCCGCUUUCCCUGUGGGUUUCCAAGCAAGCGCUCGCCUGGGGGUAACAUUAGAAUCUCUUUUGAGUGUAUGGCCUAUCCGAUUCCACUUGCGUCGUUUUCGGGGUCUAAAGUUCUCAUUUGUAGUUGUUUUUAGAGAUAUUCAUUUAUCAAAGAUAUUUCGGUAAGAAUAAAAUUAUUUACUAAUAAUUAUUUACAAAUGACCACGAAUGCUACAAACAAUGAAAUAGGCAUAAGCGGGAAUGACAUGAAAUAAAUUCCAAUGCAGGUCUUUGUUAAGUGUCGUUUACAGGCGUCUGAAUGUGAUAAAUUAUAAAUGUUACUAGUAGUUUUACAUUGUAACUAGAUAUAUAUAGUUCGAAUUCGAUUUUACGAACUUUAGAUUUCAGAGUAAAUUACAGGUAUAGUCAGUUCAAUUUGUUCUACGUACAUAUGAUAUAUAAGAUAAAUACUAUGUUUAUUAUUGUAUAUUAAUGAAAUAUAGCAAUGUCUUUAUCCCCUGUGGGUUCAUAUAUAUUGAGGAAAUAUUUUUGGUGUUAUUGUUCCAAGUAUUACAUGGCUUAUAAUA